CGUAUUGCCUGUGCUUCACCGUCGCCAUAGCCACCAGGAUUCGGAGUCAUCAUCGUCCUUGAGGUGGCUCAUCUGUAAAGUUUUCUGAAAAAAACUUGGGAGCAGUGAAGGAAUCAUGUGAUGCAGCAUUGGUACUUCUCGAGGAGAAGCUGUUUGGUCGACACUUGGCUGGAAUGGGAGACAGCAGUGACCCGCAUGGACCAGCAUCUCCGAGGAGCCUAGGUGGCCUCAUGCGAGGAGCAUCACCUGGGGGGCAGGUUGUGUCAUCAUCUGUCAAUGUUACACUGGUGGAAGAGCCUCCUGGUCCAGAGAAGUUUUCAUAUGCAAUCACAGCUGCCAAGCGCUCUGAGCAACGCAAGUUGAUUAAUUUUGUUCGUCUUGCCGACUACAUAAUCUGCGACGCCCUUCACCUUCUUCUGGUUGAUUCCCUGGAAGACCUCCUCCGCAGAAUGGCCCAUGAGAGCAUGAGGGCAGCAGUAGAGGCGACAAAGUCCACUGUUUCUGGGACUGUGGAGGGCGGUGAUAUGGAGGAACGCAGAGGAAGUACGUAUGACAACCUUAUUGGUGAGGUCGUUGAUGGUCUGGAGAGGCGUGCGAGCUAUGGGGAGGGAGCUCCGGGUUUUCCAGAGAAAACAGUCAGGCGCCACUCAAGUAUCAUCUCAUUGGAUUUUAGAAAAGAAGAGGAAUCAGAGGACGGAAAGCCACUGUUUGUUGUUGAUAUUGUGAUCGAGAACGACCAGCUCGUCUUCUCUCCAUCUCCUGUGGACUUUGAUCAAAAGAUUGGGCGAGUCAUAACUGGGAUGCUGGAAGCGCUUGGGAUUGUGGGCAGGCUGCUGAAUAAGAAGCAACUGGCAUCAAUCAUGGACCAGAAUAAUGAUGCAGAAGGGUCGGGCAGUCUCAUAGAGCUGAUGGGAGAUGAUAAACAGACAGAACUCUCAGCCGGAAUAAAGGACUCUUUCACCUUUGUAUUUCAGGAUGCCGAAGAGUUCAAGCGCUCGUUCCAGCCAUACAUGGAGUUAUGUAUUGCUAAUCAGACCGUCACGGAGGAAGCCAUGCGACAACAGGCGGAUCUGACACCGGCGGAGGCGGAAAGGAGUAACCUGGCUAACGUGAUGCUGUGUAUGAUGAGGGCGGUAAUGUGGAACAAUACGAUGCAGAUUGCGCACGCGCAAACUGGACGGCAGCUGAGACAGACUCAGCAGAGAGAAUCUGCAACUUUGAUAGCUGCCAUCCGCGCAGCAGCACAACAUCAGCAACAACAGCAACAGCUGUUGGCAUCCACUAUCACAUGCCUGAACAGCAUCGAGGCUAAGCCCUCAGCAGCGCCAGGCUGCACGACGGACAUAGCGAAGCAGCUCGGAGAGCGCAUCGACCAUGUCGUCACCAUCAUCGGCGACCUGGGUGACUUCACCAGUCCGGCCACAAUCAGCAGCACGGUGGCCGCCAUCAAGACGGACAUCACCAAACUGCAGUCACGACCGGAAGCCGCUGCGAAGAUAUUCAAGAUGCCACGCUUCAGCAUCGCCAAGUUCGACGACUACAACAAAACGGAUGCAUUAGCAUGGUGGCAAACCUUCGUCACGGAAGCUGCCUGCCACCACGUACCAGACGACCUGAUGAUGACAACACUCAACCGCCAACUCAUUGGAGGAGCACAAACAUUUCAUGAACCACACGGUGGCCAAGCUGGGAACCACCAUCGCCGACCUGCACAAACACAUCAUGUGGGAGCAGCUCGAGCAAAUGUGGCACACUCGAUUCAUGGUCCGAAACGUAGUGAAGACAGCCAUGAAGGGAACAUGACAACACGAGACUGGACGAUCGAGUGGCAGAAGAUAGUAACCACUCCUGGUUCCGACUUAACAGCCUCCUCGAGUGAUGGAGGAGUUGUCACAGCGCUCCCGUCAAAGCGUUUAAAAAGGGUUCGGAAGAACAAGGCGACACAAGGGAUGACAGCAACGGAGACUGGGCAGCAACCAUGGAAACCAUACAACAUCAAGGAAGUUUUUGAACUUCGAAAACGCGAGCAUGCGUUAGUCGCUGAUUCUCGUGACACAUUCAAGGAUUAUGCCGCCCAGCUGGUGCCACCAUUGCACCAGCCUAGCCACGUGAACUUAGAUAGCGUAUGCGUAGCUUGUACACCGUCGGCAAGAGAACCGGUUAGUUCACCACUUGUUUUCGAGGACUGGACGGCGUGGUCAAGGCUUGAGGACCUCGACCCAUUCACGAGAGAGGACUUCUUUUGGAUGCCUGUACCCUCGACCGGAUCCUUGUCAAAGCCGCAUUGUAAUGCCUUGAUGGCAAAUCUACGCUCCUACUUGCAAGUUGCAGUACCAGCUCUAUUGACGGACGACGGAGUAGCGGUUGUCGAUCUCCGCUCCUAUCUUGCGAAGAUUGACCGCGAGUAUGCCACCCAAAGGUACGUCGAGACCAACGCUCCUUUGCUCUAUAUCCGCAUUCAAAUCGGAAAGGCCACCUGCAGUGCCUUGAUUGAUUGCGGAGCAUCUCGCAACUUUAUGAGCCAAGCCUUUAUGGCACGCGCAGGUCUCGGCUCCCGCGUUCGAAGGAAGGCGCAACCUACACAAGUCACACUUGCGGAUGGCCGCACGGAAAAGUCAAUUGACCGGUGUGUUGACGGCGUUCCGGUGUACUUUGCGCCCCUUGCGUGCGAGCUGGUGUGUUUCGACAUCCUCGACACAAAGUUCGACAUGAUUCUAGGCAUGCCUUGGUUGCGUAGCGUCGACCAUCCGACAAACUUUCAUGACCGAACCGUUCACGUCCGUAAUCGGAAAGGAGUGUUAGUCCCGUGUACGGUCGCAACUCCUCACACUUCGAUUGCUUGUCACGUGGUUUCCGUCGCGAGGAUUCGCGACGCUAUGGCUCGGAAUGACGUAGCGAAGAUGGGCGUUGUUUUCCUACAUGCCCUCCCCUCGACGGAUGGACCAGCCGCGUCGUCACCGACCCCACGUAUUACUCACCUUCUGGACGGAUAUGGAGACGUUUUCGAGGCUCCCACCGGAACGGUUCCGGAUAGGCCCAUACGUCACAAGAUUACUCUCGAGACAACCUUCCAAGUAGCCAUGACAACGGAAUUCCGAGACUUGCUCGAUCGUACCGUCCUCGUCUACCUCAAUGAUAUCUUGGUCUAUAGUCGGACGCUGGACGAGCACCUCGUACACCUUUGUGCGGUUUUGGAUCCUUUGCGAGCAGCCAAGUACAAAGCAAAUUGCAACAAGUGCGAGUUUGCCAAGCAAGAGCUUGAGUACCUAGGACAUUAUGUGACGGCGAAAGGCAUUCGUCCCUUAGCGAACAAGAUCCAAGCCAUCGUGGAUUGGCCGGAACCCCGUUGCACAACAAACGUACGCUGGUUCAUGGGUUUGGUUGGAUACUAUCAGCGUUUCGUCGAGUUGUACUCCAAAGUGGCAGCACCUUUGUCGAGACUUCAGUCCCCGAAGGUACCAUUCGAGCUCGAGGACACAGCUCGUGGCGCGUUCAAUAUGUUCAAGGCGGCGAUGCAAGCCGUGCCGACCCCCCGUAUUUAUGACCCCACCCUACCCACCCAAGUGACUACGGACGCUUCCGGGAAGGAGUUCUAUGGGACCAAACCUGAUCUGGUGCAUAAGUAGUGCAACAGCAGAAAGGGUAAUGUACCGGGAAUGAUUGUUGACAUGAAAGAGUCGACGACGGGGGCCAGAAGCAGGGAAACUGAAAUGAGUAUUGUACAACAGCAAACAAGUGCUGUGCUGUGAUAGUUUGUGGAAUACGCGACAUACAUGCUUUUGGUUUUGUGGGCGCGCACUUGUGUGCCGUGUGCAAAUCUGAGUGGCUUGAGCAGUGGUGGACGUGUCGAAGUGAGGGACAGAACUUGCUGCAUCUUCUGUCCUGGAGUAUUUGUUGGUGCGAUUUCCAGCACGAUUCUGGGUAUGCGGGUGAAAAGUGGGUGGGUAGGGGGAUAAACUGCGUUGAGGAGCAUAUGGUUGUUGAUGAGCAUAGGGUAUAGAAAGCGAUAUGUAUUACAAUUUGCAAGUAAUUCGGAUUCCCGGGCAACAAGGAGUUGCAUAGAGUCGGGACACGAGAGGAUGAUCGUGAGGUGAGGAAGUUGGUAGAUCUUUUCAGGCGACGCGAAUGCUUUGCAAGUGUGCCUGACAGCAUAUGCAUCCGGGAGACGCAGGCAGGCGGCUGUUUCCUCCUGUUCUUUCGGUACUCUCUGCUCUUCUGUCCUGUGCAGACGCCACGAUCACCACAACGCCAAGUACCACCACAAUGUCUGAUCUUCUCCUCGUAAUUCCUUCAGCUGUGAAGGCUAUUCACGAGCAGCGCGAUGCCAAGUAGUAUUGUAUAUUCUGGGAUCACCCAUCCGUUGACCACUGCGCACAGAGUGACAGUCUUCCUCGGAGCACCGACCGUGCAUCCUUAUUAUGAAUCAAUGCGUACAAGCAAUCUUUGCGGGUUGAUAGAGUCAUAAUGAGGGCGAGCUCUGUUUGGGGAAAGGCGAUAGCACUUUGAAUAGAGCUGUGCGUCCUGCUGCUUCAGCUUUUGAUGGUUCAAGCUCUCUCCUGCACACCAGCAGCUUCCUGGUGAUUGCAAAAUGGAUCACAGCAAUCACACCAGGUUGCUCUUCAUCUUCGUUGUUGAUCUGAUUUGAGAUGGCUGUGCGAUUGCGGAUGCCAAAGAGCUCUCAAGUUUUGGUUGCCCAGGUGUUUCCAGAGCGGCUAUUAUUUUUAGAUCGCUCUCGUCUCUUCCUGGAUUUACAAACAUUCGCUAUGGCAUCGAGGUGCUUGGGGGUUGGGGGUACAAGUUGCUUGCCGUAGUCUCUGCGGCCUGUCUGUGGGCGAAGGUGCUGUUACUUGCGAUACAUAUAUGGGAGGGACAGCACAGAGAUGUGUCAUGAUUAUUUCAGUCGGCAAAGGACGAUGACACUGUUCGUUUGUGAACUCAAGCACUCCUUCCUGUCGCUGUUACGUCCUCUUGGCCCUAGAUUGUGCCAAGGGGGGCAGCCUUGGGGUUCAAGCAGAAAUUCUUUCGUGUACUAUUUAGUAGUUUCUUGGGGAACUCCACUACCUCGAUCGUUGCCGGUUCUGGAACGUGUUUCAUGGGAUGGCACUGGUGGUCCGUUGGGAGUGCGAGGAGGUGGGUGGGUUUAUCAUCAAACAAGGGCUAGUGGGGAGUUAUUUGUUGUGAGAUUUCACGCGUUGUCGAUCUGGUCUUAGCGCUCUGCGCUGCGCCGGAGCUUCUGUUGAGUAUAGCAGCAUGCAGUUGUCCAGAUUGCGGAGGACAAUGUUCGGUGAUGCUGUUGUGGUUCUUAUAUUCAAUUUCAAUUGGUUCAUUCUUUCAUUCUUUGUCAAAGGUAUAAUAUUUCAUCUCUCUGUGGGUGUCGUUUGAUGCUCGGCCUUAG